AUGACAUCCACACCACAACCUCAAGGUACAUCUUCAUCGAUGGUAUCACCUGCUAGACCGAAUUCAGCUCCUCCUUCACCUGCUGUGCGAAGUGUGACACCACCUUUACCGCCUUCAAGAGAUAUUCCUAAAGAUUUCAAAUCAUCUUUAUCUGCUUGGUGGUCUACUUCAUCUUACAAAGAAGCUAGAUUGGCUGAAGAGAGAUUGUUACGUCGUAUGGCAAGUUUCGAACCUUCCUCUACUGCAUCUCUUUCCCCUCCUUCACACUCUAGCACCAAAUCAGAAUCGAAAGGCUGGUUCUUCGGCGGUUCAUCAACAUCAUCUUCGGCAACGGCAACAACAGCUGCUAGUAAGAAAGAAUUGGAUGAUAAACUGCCUGUAGAAGAAGUUGGUCAAAUAAAAGAUCCAUUACCUUUGCAGAAUGGAUUAGUAGCAACACUGAAAAACGUUUUCAUACAAACUCCUAAUCCCAAUGAUGCCCCUCAACAUCCUGCUGAUCCAAGAGAAAUCACAAGUGCAAGUGCAACAUCAUCAUUAUCAGAUUUAUCGCAAACUUCAAUAAAUUCAUCUCAUGGUAAAAUCAAGAAACAUUGUAAGAAAGAUAAAAAUCAAGGUAAAUUGGUCGAUUAUAUCAAUACUUUGGAGAUUACAAGUAACGAGAACAAGGAUAGUAAAGAAGCUGUCGUGGUCUUACAUGGUUAUGCGGCUGCUUUAGGGUUCUUCUUUCGAAAUUGGGAUCCCGUCUCCCAUUCUGCGGCUGAAACAGGUCGGCGAACAUUCUUCUUAGAUUGGUUAGGAAUGGGAUUAUCAUCAAGACCUUCACCUUCUUUAUUACAUUCAAAUUCAAAUACACCCGUUCCUACACGUGUAUCCCGUGCUGAACAUUUCUUUCUAUCUUCACUAGAAAGUUGGAGAGAAAAAGUAGGGAUUGAAAAGAUGGUUUUAGUUGGACAUUCAUUAGGUGGAUAUUUAGCUUCUGCGUACGCGGUUAGAUAUCCAGAAAGAGUCAGUGGUUUAAUAUUGGUUUCACCUGCUGGUAUACCACAUGGACCUGAAUAUGUCAAAUACCCUUUAACAUCUGAACUCUCUUCAAAAGAUAAAUUACCUGGAUCAGGAUCAAGACCUACCCAGAGUCCACCUGAGACUCCACAGGAAUUAGAUGAAGCUACAAAUGCCGCAGAAGCGGAAUUCAACAAUGCCGGUCAGAAACCUUCCGCUUCUGAUGCUAAUGAAGCAAAAGGCGAAGCUAAAGAUUGGGCUAAACAAAGAGAACAAAGUCUUGUCAGAAGAAGCUUGAUGAAGGUGUUCGUCGCAGGAUGGGAACGUGGAGUCAGCCCGUUCUCUCUGUUGAGAGGAGCAGGACCACUUGGUCCUCUCUGGGUGGGAAAGUACUCCAGUCGAAGAUUCGCAGCUCAGUCCGAAGAGGACGUCAAGGACUUACACUCUUACAUUUACGGAACUAGUAUAAUGAAGGGAAGUGGAGAAUACUGUAUAUCACAUAUCCUCGCGCCUGGGGCAUACGCUAGAAUACCUAUAGUAGAUAGAAUAAAUAGAUUGAAAGUUCCCGUUACCAUCAUGUACGGUGAUAAUGACUGGAUGGAUGUAGAAGGCGGUAAAGCAUCUGUAGAAGCUCUGAAACAAGCUGGAAAUAAUAACGCAUCAUGUCAUGUCGUGCCUAAAGCUGGUCAUCAUCUAUAUCUCGAUAAUCCUGAUUAUACAAACAAUUUACUGGAUCAAGCGAUUAAAGCAAUUCCCCAAGCGCAAGUAUCCCCUUAG